AUGCAUCCUGACGACCUGAAAAGCGAAGAAAUAACUCCCACCGAUAUCGAGCGAGAAUCGAUACAAAUAAAUGGCCUCGUCGAACACGUACAACUCAAUGGGUUAAACCUGCAAUCCGAAGCAACCCGGCAGAUGUCAAAUCUCGAAACAAUCUCUGCGAGUUGGGUGAUUUGCGAUAGCUGGGCUGGUGUUGCUGGGACAAUCGCCUUGGCAAUUUCACAAGGUGGUCCAGUUACUCUCAUAUAUGGUCCUAUCGCCACAAUGAUUCUUGUUGGAGCAUGCGCAAUGACCCUAGCCGAGCUGGCCAGUGUGUAUCCCACUGCUGGGGGCCAAUAUCAUUGGACUUCUAUCUUGGCCCCAAAAUCCAUAAACCGCUCAUUGAGUUACUGCUGUGGUAUCACGAAUAUGUUUUCCUGGAUCGCAAUUUGUACCGGAAUUGCGAUCAUUCCAGCACAGCUGAUCUCAGGGAUUGCUGUGUUUUAUAACCCGACCUACACACCUCAACCGUGGCACUCAUUUUUAAUUUACCAAGCCAUCAACGGCUUGGUCCUGCUAUAUAACAUAACUCUGUUGAAGAGGUCGCUCUGGAUACACGAUGUCUCAUUUGUUGUGACUAUUGCCAGUUUUCUCGUCAUUGUUAUCACUUGUGUCGCACGCACCUCGCCAAACUACGAGCCAUCGACAGCCGUUUGGGCUACAUUCCUCAAUGAUAGUGGGUGGAGCUCUGGUGGUGUGGCUUUCCUCACUGGCUUGGUGACCCCAAACUACAUGUACGCCGGUAUUGACGGUGCGUUGCAUCUCGCCGAAGAAUGUAAAAAUGCGAGUACUGUGGUCCCUCGCGCUCUCAUGAGUACUUUGAGUAUUGGUUUCGUUACCUCAUUCUCUUUCAUGGUUGCCAUGUUGUACUGCACUAAUGAUUUGGACGCGGUCGUUCAAUCAAAAACAGGGCAAGUAAACGUUCCAAUCUAUGAGAUGUGGUACCAGGCUACUCGCUCAGGCACGGCUGCCACAAUCUUUGUCAUUUUGGUGGUUUUUGCAGCCAUCUUUGCACUCAUAGGUGGCCAGCAAACUGCCUCUCGGUUGACUUGGUCCCUUGCAAGAGACCAUGCCUUGAUCGGCAGCCAAUGGCUUAGCAAGACACAUCCUAAGUUUGAUGUACCAGUCUGGAGUCUUCUAUUCAACUUUGUGGUAAUGUUCAUCAUUGGAUGCGUCUACCUUGGUUCCUCAUCUGCCUUCAAUGCUUUCAUUGGCACGGGCUUGAUCCUUCAACAUAUCUCCUACGCAUUCCCCGCAGCCCUACUUUUGUACCGAAAACGGUCUAAUAUUUGGCUCCCUCGGUCCCGAUCAUUCUACCUCCCUGGUAUUGUUGGAUGGAUCAUGAACAUCGUCACUAUCUGCUUCGCGGUGGUGGUUUUGAUCUUCUACAACUUCCCGACAACAUUACCAGUGACCAGCACCAGCAUGAAUUAUACGUCGGCUGUGCUGGGCGUGAUGGCCAUAUUUGCGGGUCUCAACUGGAUCAUCUGUGCUAGUCGGAAGUAUCGUGGUCCCCGACUUCAUUCAGGUGUGGAAUGA